AUGAGCAGCCAGGAGGAGCAACAGGAGAUCUUGGUCAAGCGCCAGCGCACGAGCAACGCCUGGCUGCGGAGCUGGGCAUGGAAGCGCGAGCACCGUCCAGACAAGGCACGGGUGCGCUUUGACCGGCCGUACAUGCACCCAUUCCGCGGCGAGCAGCUAACCAUCCAUCAGGCUCGGUUCAAGGAGCAGGGCUUUGCCUCGACGGUGUGGGACAGCUCCAUCGUGCUGGCCAAGUACCUUGAAAAGAAUGCCGCGCGCUACGCCGCGGCGCGCUGCCUGGACCUGUCGGCCGGCUGCGGCCUGCCUGGCAUCGUGCUGGCCAAGCUGGGCGCAAAGGUGACAGCCACCGACCUGGGGCCCAACCUGGUGCUGCUGGAGAAGAACGCGAAAGCCAAUGGCGGGCUGGUCUGCAGGCAGGCAGGCAGGCAGACCCUGAGCCUCGAGGUCAGGGAGCACACUUGGGGCGCCGACGUGGCAGCGCUUGCGCCGCCCUUUGCGGUGGUGUGCGCCUGCGACGUGAUGUACAUCUCCGAGGCCGUGGGGCCGCUGGUGGCGUCGCUGGUGGCGUUGUCGGGGCCUGGCACGGAAGUCCUCAUAGCGCACGGCAGGAAUCGGCAGGCCGAACCGGAGUUCAUGCUGGCCGCCAAGAAGUGCUUCAGCGUGGAGAAGAUUUGCAGUGAAGAGCUGGAUGAGCUGUACCAGUGCGCCGACGUCGACGUGCUGCGCCUCCAGCACCUGCCCGACGGCAGCGCCGCAGGUGGGUGCUUGACCCUGCCGCCAAUUCUGGCUUUCUUCCAGCCCGACCUUUCCCGUUCAUCGCCGGUUCGCUGCUCUGUGUACUAUUCUCUGCGCCGUUGGCGCGGAGCGGGCGCGUGGUGA